AUGAAACUGCAACAAUGUAAGGAUAAUGGUACUAACCGACUUGCAUGUGAUUUGGUAAAAAAUGCUAUUCCCACGAUUGAGAUCAAUCGCACCAACGAAGCUGGAUGUUCGGGUCCGGAGUCAUUUUCCGCCGCCUCACAUGCAGCCGCAACGGUUGUACCUCCACCGAGUACACAAGACAAUCGUCGUGUGCAUCCAAGCGUAGACCAUCCCGAUGUGCAAAUUUAUCCAAGCGGAGACCAAACUCAGGACGAAACAGUUAAAGCUGAAAACGAUUCGGCAGAUGAAGAAUCCCAGUUUGUGUCCCGAUUGGAGUUGGACAACUUUUCCCCAAUUGCCGCGGAAAGCUAUAAUCCGGAGGAUGAUAAUACAGAACUUGUGGUUCAUCCGAAAUCACCCGAACAACGCCAGCGUCUACACCAAGCGCUAAAAGACAUAUUGAUUUUCCAAUCACUGGAUGAGGCACAAAAAACGAAAGUUUUGGAUGCAAUGCAAGAAAUGAAAGUGAUUGCCGAUCAAACCGUAAUCAGACAGGGUGAAGACGGAAAUUACUUUUAUGUGGUCGAAACUGGCCAAUUUGAUGUCUUCGUCGAUGGGAUUCAUGUGGGUUCCUACAAUGGAUUCGGCUCUUUCGGCGAGCUUGCACUGAUGUAUAACACUCCUCGGGCAGCAACCAUUGUGUGUACCAAACCAGGUAUACUGUGGACCGUUGAUCGCCUAACAUUCCGCCGCAUUGUUCUUCGGCAAGCUUUUGAAAAGAGACAGAUGUAUGAAAACUGGCUUAAUUCGGUUCCUUUGCUAAAGAAUUUGAGCUCAUACGAGCGUACCAAUCUGGCAGAUGCGCUUGUCAGCCGAAGCUACGGUGACGGAGAUUGGAUUAUUGAGCAAGGUCAACGUGGAUCGGAGAUGUAUUUUAUUGAAGAAGGAAGCGUGGCAAUCAUAGCUAAAAACACACAAGGCGAAGAAAUGCAACUUAAACUUUUGCAAGCGAAUGAUUACUUUGGUGGUGAGUGUAUUCUGUUAACCAAACAGACUAUCUCUGUAUUUUUCCCUGGUUCGGUAGUUCUGGACGUUUCAUGUUUCGAACGUCUCAUGGGUCCCUGCCUGGAUGUGAUGCUUCGCAAAGCCAAAUCUUAUCGGGAUCAACUUCUUAGUGUGAUGGGAGAGACCUGUUUAAAUACAUUUCCGGGCCUGGCUGGAUUAAACAAGUAG